AUGCCUUACAUUCAUUUUUUGCCGACCAAGAAACUCAAGGAGGCGAUCACUAAUCGUGAGCGGGAGCUCAUAUCCGCCGAAGCGAGGUCUCAUGCAGCUACAAUUGCUCAUCGUCGGCGCACUAGCCCCGUAGGAGGCGGAUGCGCAUUGCGGACCAGCCAUGCAAUUGUGAAGAAGAAGAGGUUUUCGAAAUCUCCAGUGCUACGCCAAGAGCCACAGAAGCAGCCCCAACGGCUUGUUGCUGGGUUGGCGUGGAUCAAGACGGGAAAGCUCGAUCCUUUUCUCCAGCUACCCUGCGAGCUGGGACCGCAGGAUAGACGGCUCUUGUACUUUUAUCUUUCGUUUGCACCCGUCAUGGAGUACGGAUUGAAGGCCAAUCCCGUCUUCUGUCCCGUGCGAGACUACGGCAUUCCACAGAUCUCUCGUGAUCCAACGUUUCUGUCACUAUACUUGCUGAUAGCCGAGAUGGCAACACGAGCGCCCAUCACGGCCAUAUACGCACGCCGGGCCAGCAUAUACAAUAGCCUUCGAAAGCUCAUCGAUGAUCCGCAUAGUGGGAACCUGGACACGACUCUGAUAUUGCUCGCCGGGACCGGAUCCGCCGAGAAUCGACUGGGAAACGUUGACCUAGCUCAGAAACACUAUGCUGCAGCGAUGCAACUAGUCAACAUGCGCGGCGGCUUGAGGACUCUGCACCAGAUGCCCUUCGUUGGAGGGUUGGGUAUAGUGCGAUGUUUUCUGCAGCAGGACAUCUGCUUGUUCUCGGACUGGCAUACAAUGAGCCAAGCGCUGGACCGCAUGACACUGACAAAAGGCAGCCGAAUCGAUUCUCGCCUGUGGAAGUACUUGAGCCGGCAAACCCAGCCCCGUCUUUGUCUGGCUAACCUGCAUAUGCUCAACAUGGUUAUGGCCAACGAGCCAGACGGCUUUCAUGACGAGCUGCUGAGGCUCACGCUUGGGAGCGGAGAUCGAUUGACGCCAUCAGCAUUGCAGUUUAUCAUCUCCACGUGUGUCGCGAGGGUCGGUCGUUGGCAUGGACUCCGGCCGGCACUCAGAUCCUGGGAGACAAUUGAAUUUGUGGGACUGGUUGGUUAUGCUGCGCCCGGGUGGCAUCAGGCACUCGUAGAGACAAUGUCUGGAUGGCUGAUGGGAGACGAGCCUUUGUCUGUCGAUUGGCUGGCGCUCAAGCACAGUAUUCAGUCAGGGUAUGAGAGGGCGCAAAGCGAGGUUGGCAGCCCAGUUGAACCGUAA